AGGCUGGGAGGAGAGCGCCGGCGCCAGCCCUGCGGGGCCGCCCGGGUGGGCCUGGGGGUCCUGCUGGGGCUGCUGGGCGCCGGGCUGGCCGUGCAGGGCUGGUUUGUGCUGCAGCUGCACUGGCGACUCGGGGAGACGGUGGCCCGCCUGCCUGACGGAGACGCAGGCUCCUGGGAGAAGCUGGUGCAAGAGCGGAGGUCCCAUGAGGCCAACCCGGCAGCACACCUCACAGGAGCUAACUCCAGCUUGACACGCAGCGGGGGCCCGCUGCUGUGGGAGACACAGCUGGGCCUGGCCUUCCUGAGGGGCCUUGGCUAUCGCAACGGGGCCCUGGUGACCACCCAGCCCGGCUACUAUUACAUCUACUCCAAGGUGCAGCUGGGGGGCGUGGGCUGCCCCCCGGGGAUGGCCAGCGGCCUGGCCAUCACCCACGGCCUCUACAAGCGCACGCCCCGCUACCCGGAGGAGCUGGAGCUGUUAGUCAGCCGGCGGUCACCCUGCGGGCGGGCCCCCAGCUCCCGCGUCUGGUGGGACAGCAGCUUCUUGGGGGGCGUGGUGCACCUGGAGGACGGGGAGGAGGUGGUGGUCCGGGUGCCUAAUGAGCGGCUGGUCCGACUCCGUGAUGGCACCCGGUCCUACUUCGGAGCCUUCAUGGUGUAA